UUCCUUCAACUCCACGACUCUCUCUCUCUCUCGCAGAUUCCUCUUUCUCGGGGGAUUCCUCUCCCACCUCCUCCCACAACGAAACUCCAAUGUGGCCAAAGCCCUUUUCCACGUGACUCAACCCUCCAAAACUGCCCCAUCUCUUUUUCUCCUCCAGAAACCCUAGAUUCCAGUUUUUGGCUUAUUCUAUAUGUUCUCCAUGCUGUAGGCACCCCAGAGAAAAAUGUGAAUGCGCGUAAUGUUUCAAAAGGUCCGGUCCAUGCAUGUUUGAAGUCCUGUGCAAAGAAAGGGCUGGUUCGUGCAUGUUUUGAGAAAGGAAGGAAACAUUCGGGACCAUCCUGGUGCAAAAUGACAGAACAGCUACUCAAAACAGUUAGCAAAGGCUGCAAGAACCAUGAAUCCAGAAGAACUUCUUCAAGUCAGUCAACACCCAACAGCAGCCAGACUCCUAAGAAGCAACAGAGAAAGGGUGAUAAUCCUGUUCGACUUCCAUCAUCUACGGAGCUGCCCCCAGAUGAUGGGUGCCCUAGCACCUGGAUCUGUAAAAACUCUGCUUGUAGAGCUGUUCUGUCCUCAGAUGACACAUUUUGUAAGAGGUGCUCUUGCUGCAUUUGUCACCUAUUUGACGACAACAAGGAUCCCAGUCUUUGGCUGGUCUGCACAUCUGAGUCUGCUGAACGUGAUUCGUGUGGCCUAUCUUGCCACAUUGAAUGUGCACUCCAACGCCAGAAGGUGGGGGUUGCAGAUCUUGGGGAAUUCAUGCAGCUAGAUGGAAGUUAUUGUUGCGCUUCUUGUGGUAAAGUCUCGGGGAUAAUUGGAUGUUGGAGGAAGCAACUGGUGAUAGCCAAGGAGGCUCGACGUGUAGAUGUUCUUUGCUAUCGCAUAUCCUUGAGUCACAGGCUCCUGGAUGGGACUUCCAGGUUUAAAGAACUGCAUGACAUUAUAGGAGAUGCUAAAGCUAAGAUCGAGACUGAGGUGGGACCUGUAAAUGGUGUUUCUGCCAAGAUGGCAAGGGGCAUUGUCAGCAGGCUCUCAGUUGCUGGCGAUGUGCAGAAGCUCUGCUCUCUUGCAAUCGAGAAGGCAGAUGCAUGGCUGAGCAGUUCUCAAGCCAAACCAACUCACAGAGAGGAUUCACUUCCCGCUGCUUGCAAGUUCCAAUUUGAAGAUAUGACGUCUUCAUCUCUGGUAAUUGUAUUGAAGGAAACAUGUUCGUCAUCAUUGGAUAAUAUCGAAGGCUACAAGCUUUGGUAUUGCAAGAGCCUAGAAGAGCCGCAUCAGAAGGAACCCAUUUGUGUCUUUCCAAAAGAUCAGAGAAGGAUUCUUAUAUCAAACCUGCAGCCGUGCACAGAAUACACUUUUCGGAUAAUCUCAUUUACGGAGACCGGUGACUUUGGUCACUCCGAGGCCAAGUGUUUCACCAAAAGUGUAGAGAUAAUACACAAGAAUGCUGAUUCGACCAUGGCUGCUGAUCGAAAGAGUGAAAACGUGGGCGUCGAAGGAAGCUCAUCUGGCGCGAAGAAAGAGCCCAAGAUCUCAGCAUCUGCGUCUUCUGGUUUCAAGGUCCGAGACCUCGGAAAGAUUCUACGUCUAGCUUGGGCACAGGAAGAAGGUUGUUUUGAUGGGUUUUGCAAUGCCGAUCUUGAAGAAUGUUGUGGUGGUGAUGGUUCGAUGAAACCUGAAACAGUUGAUGAUGACCAACCACCAGUUGAUCUGCGUGAGCUUGAUUUAAAUGUAGUCUCAGUGCCAGAUCUGAAUGCGGCUGCAACUCCUCCGUUUGAGUCUUCCAGAGAUGAAGAUAUAGGAUGUACUUCAGAGCGGGCUGUGGAGGCUGAAGAUGAUAUCAAUUCUGGGGGGAUGGAGAAGAAUGGCCGGGCAAAAUUGCAUGGAAGUGGCGACUCUGAGACCUGGGCAGUUAGGCCGAUCAGGGAAGUACCUGCUGUAGAAUCCCGAACAGAAGUCUGCAAGAAGCGGUCACCCACUGGGAACGAAGAAGCGUAUGAUUGUGAUAGCACUUUGAUCAAUGGGUCACCAUUGCGAAUUACAGGCAGGUCCAAUUGUUUGGAUGGGACCUACGAGUACUGUGUAAAGAUUAUCCGGUGGUUGGAAUGUGGGGGCCACAUCGAACGGGAUUUCAGAAUGAAGUUCCUCACAUGGUUUAGCUUGAGAUCAACCGAAAAGGAGCGUAGAGUGGUGAAUACCUUUAUACAGACUCUGGUCGAUGACCCAAGCAGCUUGGCAGGCCAACUGGUUGAUUCAUUUUUGGAUAUUGUAUCCUGCAAGAGACCACGCCAUGGUUUCUGUAGUAAGCUGUGGCACUGACAUGCAACAAAUUGGAGGGUACCUGGAGACUGUUUGCUAAUUAUUCAUGAUUUUUCAUGGCAAGAGAAGUUUCUGAUUGUGUUCUUGUCAUCCAUUCUCUAUGUACAGGCAUUUAUGAUCGAUCAUCUUAGGGAGCAAUAUUUAUUCUGACCAUGCCUCGAUUCAUGGGCAUGAUUUUCCAGCCAAAGAUUUUUAGUUGCAGCCUGUGGAGACAGUUUCUGAAUUUAUUCAUGGGGUGGGGUCUCGCAGAAGAGAAAUAUAUUUUUUGCUUCCAAGCAGACUUUUGCUUCCAUGCAUUCACUGAUACUUUCAGCAUUUGCAAGUACUUCCAAAUUAUUUUGGUCCUGGAGAAGUCAGGUCUAUUCAUUUUUAUCUUCUUUUUCUUAAAGUUGGCUGGAUUGGACAGCGGUGGUCAAUAUAUAAAUUCUAUUCCUUAA